AUGUCAGAGAGAUAUCAACAGUUAAUGAAGUUAAUUGUUGUUGGAGAUAGCGGCACAGGUAAAUCGUCUCUUUUACACCGCUUUGUUGAGGACACAUUUUCAGAGGAACGAGCGCAAACUAUUGGUGUUGAGUUUGGAUCAAAGAUUAUUGAGUUAUCAGGACGUAGGAUCAAAUUGCAAAUAUGGGAUACAGCCGGUCAAGAAAGAUACAAAUCAGUUACAAGAAGUUAUUACAGGGGAGCAGUUGGCUGCCUCAUUGUGUAUGACAUUACAGAACGCACCUCCUAUGAAAGUGUUCCACAGUGGCUGAACGACGUUCGGCAACUUGCAGGACCGGAUGUAGUUGUCAUGCUGAUUGGAAACAAGAGUGACAUGUCAAAAAAUAGAGCCGUUCAACAUAACGAGGCUUCUUUGUUUGCCCUAGAGAACAAACUACUCCAUUUUGAGACGUCUGCUUCCACCGGCGAGUUUGUGACUGAUGCUUUUUUAAAAGUAGCCAAAACUGGUUUGAGUUUGGGCACCGAUGACAACGACGGGGAAAAUGGGCAUGCAGAAACUUUGUAUGAUGGUCCGAAACGGUUUUCGUGUGCUUGUUAG